AUGGAUACGCAGGAUGGAGCAUCCCCGUCAGGUCCACGCGAGAAAAAAUCCGCAGAGACCGUCCCCGACACCGAGAAAGGAGAAUCGGAGACAAAUCAGCCUCAAGGAGUUGAGUAUGUUGCAUUUCCGGAAAUACAAGGGAAAGAGCCGAAAGAGCCAAAAGAGCCAAAAGAACCAAGAGACGCCAUCGCAUCCUACGGAGAAGAUGGCACAACUGCUAGCUCGAGUAACUACGGCAUCCUCAUGCAAAUUACAAAGUAUCUAGGACUAGGUUCGUCUGGAUUCUUUACUCUGGAUCUGAAAUCGACGUCUGAACCGUACAAGGUCGAAGCGCGCGCACAAGAACUCAUGAACCUGGGCCAAGAGUCUGAUGGCAUUGCCUUCGAAAUCGAAUACGAGGACGACUCAAAUCCAAUACAAGAGCUUUGGCAAAAGCAAUGGAAUCUGGAUUUCCUCCAUGACCGGUGGCCUCGGUACACUUUUCCAGGCGACGGUCACCUUUCGGUCACUUGCCAACACUACAUCUCGAACGGUACCGUUUUCGUUCGCAGAUUGUACUCAGCAACCAAGGUCUCAGCCGGAAGGAUCCCAGGGUUCUCUGACUUAAAGUUUCGACCCGAGGACUAUCGAAUACGCGAACUGAACUUUCGAGACCGUCAAGACUGUCCAGACCAACCCAAUGACUACUCAACCCGCUAUGUGGAUAAGCUUGGUCCAAACCGUUGUAGUGUAAUCAUGACAAACAACAAGUUUGACCCCCAUGUCUGUUUGGUCUUUGCUCUUUCUGUGGAUGGUGAAGUACGAGAGUUCGAAGAAUCCGAGGACCCCUGGGGCAAGCACUAUCGAAUGAAGCACAAACCCGAAGAAAAGUUCUUGAUAACCCCAUCACACCAUGUGGAGAUAGUAGAGGCAUACAGAUUGCAACCAGUACCAAAUGAACCCAACUGGGAGGAACGUGUUAGAAUCCCUGAGGAAGAUUUCCUUGGUUGGCAGAAGAAAGAGACACUUCUCUUGCCAACGCCAAAAGAUCAGCUCGACUUUAUCAUACGAAGGAAUCUGGAACACAUUCUCUCUGUCUGCAGUAUCCCUGUGCCAUCGAUGCAAGCGCAGGACAAAGACACCAUCCCUAUCGCUCUCACGUGCGGAGACCUUUCAGGCCAUCGGCUUGUCACAUCAGCCAGCUAG